UUAUUAAAGAGACUGGCGGCGAAUAUUUGCCACAUGAAUAUAUGAUUUUAAUGGGUAAGAGCAUUUUCAUUAAUUGUUUCGUAAUAUUUGCAAAACAAUCAUACGUUCAUGUGAAAAACAAUAUGUCUUUGGCUGCAUAUUUUUAGGUGAGGUAAUAAUGCUGGAAUAUCAAUGAACGAGUAAAAGUGCCCUAUGCUAUGGAUAACUUAGAAAUGUGAAACCCCGUUUCGGUUGUCGUUUCCGGAUAAUGAUUCAUGCGAGCGACGGAGACUUUAGUCACCGAGCGAUAAUUUUCCAACAGCUGUAUCGUGUGUAGGCAUAGUCCAGUCAAGGAAGCUACGGAAACAGCUCAUAGUUUUCAAGGAACAAGGCAUCAUCGUGUUUUCAGCGGUUUGUGCACUCAGCCAUCGGUGACGGGGCCGACCAAGCCCGACCAAACGAUUGCUACAAAGGCUAGAUCUACUCGGUGUGGAUAACAAGGCCUAUAUAUACGAUUUAUAAAGACUUUUGGGAGGCAUACCUGGAUUAUAAACACAGCUCGGGAAUUGGCUUAAAACUGUUGGAUAAAUAUGUCAGCAGUAGAAACUUCGAUGAAUGCAGCAAAGAGAGAAGCCUUUUUUCGUGGAGGUAGCGGGGAUGGACCCACCACAAAGUUUGACCCUUCUGCUCGUCUUGGAUAUGACAGAGAAAGAGUGAAGGAAAAGGAAUAUAUGAGAGAUACCGAGCUUGAUAAGGAGAAGGAACGGGAGAAAAAGUAUGGUGACACACACAAAGAACUGGAAGGAUAUGUAGGUUUUGCAAAUCUCCCAAAUCAGGUGUACAGAAAGUCUGUGAAGAGAGGCUUUGAAUUCACACUGAUGGUAGUUGGUGAAUCUGGUUUGGGAAAAUCAACACUUAUCAAUUCUCUCUUCCUCACUGACUUGUACAGUGGGGACUACCCUGGUCCUUCACAUCGCAUCAAGAAGACCGUCAGUGUUGACACAACAACCGUGCUUCUCAAGGAAAAUGGGGUUCAGCUGAAACUGACCACAGUUGAUACACCAGGGUUCGGGGAUGCUGUGGACAACAGCAAUUGCUGGCAGCCAGUCAUUGACUACAUAGAUACCAAGUAUGAAGAGUACCUCAACGCUGAAUCACGUGUGAACCGGACGUUAAGUUCUGACACUCGAGUCCAUUGUUGUCUCUACUACAUUGCACCUACAGGUCAUGGGUUGAAGCCUCUUGAUGUGGAGUUCAUGAAGCGGCUCCAUGAUAAAGUAAACAUCAUCCCCCUCAUAGCAAAGGCAGACACACUGACACCAGAUGAAUGUAGAGAAUUUAAGAAAACCAUAUUAAAUGAAAUUGCCCAACACAAGAUCAAAAUAUAUGAGUUCCCAGAGUGUGAUGAUGAUGAAGAGAACAAACUCCAGAAAAAACUCAGGGAUCGAGUACCAUUCGCUGUGGUUGGCAGUAACCGUGUUAUUGAGGCUGGUGGCAAGAGGGUCCGAGGUCGGCAAUAUCCUUGGGGACUUGUAGAAGUUGAAAACCUGGAACACAAUGAUUUCAUAGCACUGAGAAAUAUGCUCAUAAGGACUCACAUGCAGGACUUGAAGGAUGUUACCAACAAUGUCCACUAUGAGAACUACCGCUACAGCAAACUGGCUCCUGUUGGGGGAGAUGGGAAGGUUAAGCCAGGCUCACUCACAAAAGACCCACUGACCCAGAUGGCAGAAGAGAAACGUGAGCAUGACCUCAAGAUGAAGAAAAUGGAGGCUGAGAUGGAACAAGUUUUUGAGAUGAAAGUCAAAGAGAAAAAACAAAAGCUGAAGGACAGUGAGGCAGAUCUUCAGAAGCGAGCAGAGCAGAUGAAGAAGAGUUUAGAGCAGCAGCAAAAAGAAUUGGAUGACAAGUACAAAGUGUUUGAAAAGGAAAGGCAAACAUGGGAAGAACAGUAUGGGGAAAGAAGGAGAUCACUAGAGAAUGCUAAAGAUACAAAGAAAGAGAAGAAGAGGCUCUUUUAAGUGUCAAUUCAGAACCUCAUGCAUCUGUUGGAGUACAUGCUGACCAACUCAUUUCUGCUGUGGCUCCCUUAUGCUCCCAGAACUCUCCAGCAAGCAACAAGUGCCAACCGUGCAGCACCCUGUCUGUGUCAAAAGGAAUAUUCUAGUCUUGUGACACUCAAGUCAUCACCCACAGGGUUCAUUCAUUUCUGAAAUUACAUUUCUCAACUAGCGUAUUAAGCUAUGAAAAUUAGAUUGUGAUUGUUAAUUGAUACCUUUCAUUUCUGGUAAAACAGUGUCUUUAUGAUAGUGUUGGUUUUGGGGGUACCAUUUCCUUAGACCCUGAAUAAUUGGGUGACUGUCACAGACUGCAGUCACUCUUGGAACAAAAUUUAUUUUUUGAGGUUAAUUCAAAUGAUUCUUCUCUUGUUUUGAAGCUAAAUCUGUAUUUGAUAUACUUUUAGCCCCAUCACUAUGAUCACAAGUUCUCUGAGAAAACAUGUAAAAUUUAAACAGGUUUUGUCAGAUUAUUAGUUGUUUUAUUUUCCUGUUUUUGCUUGUCAGUAUGCAAUUUUGCAUGAACAAGGUAACACCUGGAUAUAGUUGGACAUUGGUAAUCAGUAAGUUGCAAACAGUUUCAAAUGGCUGUAAUUCCUUGUAAAUAUGAAUAAAGUCUGUUCAAAUGUGUCUGUAAUUGUUUGUAUGAACCUAGUGAGCUGCAUAGUGUUUUGGUUUAUUUUCUUUUUUCAUGUCUGAUGCCAUAUGGACCUGUCAUAUCAGGCUUUUAUCUGCUGAGGAGAAAAUGCAUUUGUCUUCUGUGGAAGUUACAAUUUUAUGGUAUGAAAUAGCUUCAUUGUUUACAGUACCCCAUACACAACAUUUCAGUAAUUGUUUCCCAAAUUAAGUUGUGUCAUUAAUGUGUUUAUUGUAUGAUUAAUAAUUUGAAAGGGUGAAAGAAGAAACUUGUGACAUUUUGUCAAAGAUUGUGCUGAUGAGCUUUAAAGUGAUGAUAUAUUAUGUGCAGCAUUCUCUAUGCAGCUGUGGUUUUUUUUGUGGGGGAGGGGGGAAAUUGAGCAGUAUUCUGAAGAAAACAGGGUUACAAGUUUGAGUGUUUUCCAAGAUACAUACGACACUUUGGCCUGUCAUCUUUUUGCCCAAUUAAUAUCAUCC